GGGCUGGAAAGGGGGGGGAGGCUGGUCCUUUAAAGCAAGAGGCGGAUCUAAAGCUGAAUGUCAUUCCCCCGUGAGGCAGCCCGGCUCCGCGCCCCGUCCGCUUAAAUGCCACAUUUCUCACGCCUCAGCCUCGCUUCUCGCCGCCUUUGCAGUCCUCGGUGAGAGAUGGUGCCGUCGGUGCUGGGGCCGUUUUGACAGCCGGACUCGGCAGCCCGAAUCGUGGACGUUUAAUGACCAAAUGUGAUUGUAAAGAACGGCCAAGGGAAUAAAAAAGAGCAGGAAUCACCGCCGUACACGUCCGAUUGCCGUUUUAAUAAGCACUUCUCGAUGAAUCUAGAGAACGCCAGCAGUUACCAGCCAGUGGGCCGGGCCCCGGACAUGGAGCACAAGGUCGGCAAGCUCUCCGUGGGCUUCCAGCGCUGCUCCACCUCCGACGACGACUCGGGCUGCGCCCUGGAGGAGUACGCAUGGGUGCCCCCCGGCCUGCGGCCCGACCAGGUCCAGCUCUACUUCUCCUGCCUACCUGAAGAUAAGGUGCCCUACAUCAACAGCCCCGGAGAGAAGUUCAGAAUCAAGCAGCUCCUGUACCAGCUGCCCCCCCAUGAUAACGAGAUGCGGUACUGCCAGUCGCUCAGUGAGGAGGAGAAGAAGGAGCUACACAUGUUCAGCACACAGCGCAAGAAGGAGGCCCUGGGCCGAGGUGCCCUCAAGCUGCUGCCCCGGGCACGGCUGCACGCCAUCUGCGAGCACUGUGGUGAGAACAUCAGUGGCGGUGAGUUGGCGGUGUUUGCCUCCAGGGCGGGGCCCGGGCCCUGCUGGCACCCGGCUUGCUUCGCCUGUGCCACCUGCAGCGAGCUCCUGGUGGACCUCAUCUACUUCUACCACGACGGGAAGGUGCAUUGUGGCCGGCACCAUGCCGAGCUGCUGAAGCCGCGGUGCACUGCCUGCGACGAGAUAAUCUUCGCUGAUGAGUGCACGGAAGCCGAGGGCCGCCACUGGCACAUGAAGCACUUCUGCUGCUUUGAGUGCGAUGCCGUGUUGGGUGGCCAGCGGUACAUCAUGAAGGACGGUCGCCCCUACUGCUGUGGCUGCUUCGAGUCACUCUACGCCGAGUACUGCGAGGCUUGCGGGGAGCACAUCGGUGUGGACCAUGCCCAGAUGACCUACGACGGCCUACACUGGCAUGCCACAGAGACAUGCUUCUGCUGUGCCCAGUGUAAGGCCACGCUGUUGGGCUGUCCCUUCCUGCCGCGCCAAGGUCGGAUCUACUGCUCCAAAGCCUGCAGCCUGGGAGAGGAUGUCCACGCCUCAGACUCCUCUGACUCUGCUUUCCAGUCGGGCCGGUCCCGCGAGUCCAGACGGAGCGUGAGGAUGGGGCAGAGCAGCCGCUCAGCUGACCAAUGCCGCCAGUCUCUGCUCUUCUCACCAGCUGUCAACUAUAAGUUCCCAGGCCUGUCUGGCAAUGCCGAUGACACCCUGUCCCAUAAACUGGCGCACCUCCGCUUUGCCGAGGACCACUUCUGGAAGAAUAGGGAGGAGCAGGAGGCCCCGGAGGACCAUGAGGAAUGGGCUGAACAUGAUGACUACAUGACGCAGCUGGUCCUUAAAUUCGGAGAACAAGGCAUCUUCCACCCUUCCGAAGACAUGAGGCCUGCGGAACCCUGGAUGUCCGACCCAGAGGUCAAGAUAUCUGCACCAAAAGCUGGAAAUCACAUCCAGAGUCUGGCCAGCAAGAAGUACCAGGCGGACAUGUACUGGGCACAGUCCCAGGAUGGGCUAGGAGACUCCGCCUACGGAAGCCAUCCAGGGCCAGCCAGCAGCAGAAAGAUGCAGGAGGUGGAGAUGGACCAGGGGGCAGCCAGCUUUGGACGGGAUCAGAAGCAGUGGUACGACGAUUCACUGGAGUGCAUCACUGACGAACUGAAGCAGCCAGAUCCAAGUGUCCGGGAUUCCAUGGAUUCCUUAGCACUGUCUAAUAUAACCGGAGCCUCUGUGGAUGGAGAUGGCAAAGAGAGGCCACUAUUGUAUUCUUUACAGAACUUUCCAGAACUCGACACUGACGACUGUGAGAAGAUGAGCAACAUGGGGACUCUGAACUCUUCGAUGUUACACCGGAGUGCAAAUUCACUUAAGAGUUUGACAUCGGAAGUAGAGCCUGAAGAAGAAGUGGAGGAGGAAGAGGAGGACGAGGAGGAAGAGGAACCUUUUCCUGAGGAGAAGACCCCACUCCCACACGUCCCCAUGCUGCGGAGGACCAGGUCUCAGUCCCGGCCGCAGCAGGUAAAAUUCUCCGAUGACGUGGUGGACAACGGGGUCUACGAGGAGGUGGAGGUGCGGCCACCCCCCAUGAGCGAGCGGACCCGUCGACGUGCCUUUCACUUUGAGGAGCAGGAGCAACACCAGGGACGUCUGCGGCACCAUCACCACCGACGACGCCGCAGCAGGAAGUCUCGGUCAGACAACGCCUUGCACAUGGUCCCCAAAGAGCGCGCCCGAAUGUUCUUCAGGGAGGAGCCCAACAGACACUUUGCUUCCUCAUGCUCCCAGAGCCCCCGGCCUUUCCUGCCCAGCCAGGAGCUGUAUGGGCCGCCCCCCCAGCCUCGGUCUCACGCCACCUCUGACUACGCGCUGCCCAAGCAGCUUCCGGCGCUCUACGGGUAUGACGACGACUGGUGCUCCACCUGCUCCUCCUCAUCCUCCGAGUCUGAGGAAGAGGGUUAUUUCCUGGGUCAGCCCAUCCCACAGCCCCGGCCGUCGAGAUUCCAUUACUACGCUGACCUUCCCAGUCCCAUCUCGGCGUUACCUCCCCCCCACUAUGGUCCUCGCUCUAAAUCCAAAAAGAAGGGACACAAGGGCAAAAACUGUAUCAUUUCUUAGAGCAGUGAAGAGAGAGGCGUCUCCGAAAUUCCCCCCGCAGAUCCGCAUCCCAGGCCGCUUCUCAUUGUGUAACGAAAAGACUUUUUGCUUGUUGACCAUCAGAUUUGGCAAAUGGGUUUACGGGACUCGUUCCUUUGCCAUGCUGCCAUGUUUACGACGACCUUGCACUCCAUGAUAGAAACCGGUGUGAAGCCACAGCAGAACUAACUGAAGUCUGUCAGUUGGGGGGGGGCUGUAAUGUCUUGUGAAAGUAUCUUAGUAACAUACAAUACGAGCUGUGGUUGUGCACAACAAAAGGCAACAAGCAUUACUGUUAUAGCCAGGAAACUAUUUAUAAAGGAGCAUUUAGAGACUAAUUAUUUAACAGUGAAAAUAUUGAUGUAUAUAUGUAAAGUUAAGAUUAACUGAUAUUUUUAUAUCCCCAAAUUUCAAAAGAUUUUUUUUAAAUGUUAGUGAAGCAGAAAAGGAAAUCUAAAGGCCCCUCUUUAGCUUUUUUUUUUGAGAAUGUCUGGAAGUCCGUGAUUAAGGAAACUCGCUCAGUGAUGCCGUUGACUAAAUACCCCCUGCUCUUCUCCUUUGGUUGCCUUUUCUUGUAGCCUCUUUUGCAGUAAGAAUGACAGUUUUGAACGGAUUUAUUUAUGAUUCAUAUUGUAAACAUCACUAAUCUGUAUAAAUGUAAAAACUGGAACACAUAGCUAAUAAUAAAAACGUUGACCUUCAAAACACCA